AUGUCUAAAGCUGUUGGUAUUGAUUUAGGUACUACAUACUCUUGUGUUGCCCACUACGCAAACGACAGAGUUGAAAUCAUUGCAAACGACCAAGGUAACAGAACCACUCCAU